AUAGGCAUGUUGAUCAAUUAAAGACUAAAGGGUAGGGUGAUGAUGAGACGUUUAUAUAAUUGUGAGCUCUUUCAGCUUUGAUUAACUUUGCAUGCCUUUAUAAUGCUAAUGAUCAAAUCAAUGCACCAUAUGUGUUGAAAGAGGCCGCAGCUUAUAUAUAAUAACUGUUAGAAGAAGCUAAUUAGCUAGUUAGCUAUACACACACACACACACACAUAUAUAUUAUAGGACUGGUCCAAAAUUUAAGAGAGAAUUGAUGGAAGACAGGAAGGGUAUAACUAAUAGCAUUGUCCCUGAGGGAGAUGAACCAAAAGACACAUACAGAAUGGCGUACAUAAUCCAUUUCUUGCUCGGCGCAGGCAAUUUGCUUCCAUGGAAUGCUUUCAUCACGGCCGUCGAUUACUUUGGCUCCCUCUAUCCUUCCCGCCACGUCGAGAAAGUUUUCUCCGUGGCUUACUUAACUUCUUCUGUACUACUUCUUCUCGUCAUGAUGAGCUGCGGCCGGAAGCUGAUAAGUUACAGAUUGAGAAUGAACUUGGGUUUCUCUAUGUUCAUUCUCUCUCUAAUGGUGCCUCCCGCGAUGGAUUGGGCUUCGCGGAAUUGCAGACUCGAUGGAGGAUUUUUCUUGACAGUGGCGUCGGUGGUCAUCUGUGGUGUGGCCGAUGGAUUGAUAGGAGGAACCUUGGGGGGAUCCGCUGCCAACCUUCCUAAACACUAUAUGCAGGCUGUUUUUGCGGGCACUGCUUCUUCAGGAGUUGUGGUUUCAAUAUUGAGGAUCAUAACCAAGGCAUCCCUGCCACAAACUCCUCAAGGUCUAAGAACCAGCGCCCAUUUCUAUUUCAUAGUCACCACCACAAUCCUGCUCUGUUGCAUCCUCUGCAGUAAUUUUCUUUACAAGUUACCAGUCAUGCAGCAGCAUUACCGCCAGGUUUCCCACGCCCAUCACACCUCUUCUUCAACCAUGCCGGAAUUAUGGGCAGUCGCCAGAAAAAUCAAAAGUCCCAUCGUCGGAAUUCUCACUAUAUACGUCGUAACUCUCUCGAUUUUCCCGGGAUUCAUCGCCGAGGAAAUGAAAUCCAGACUUCUUCAAGACUGGUACCCCAUCCUGCUGAUCACCGUGUACAAUGUAUCGGAUUUCGUGGGCAAGUCUCUGACGGCAGUUUGCGUGGCGUCGAGUGUUAACAAGGCUGUAUGGGCGUGCAUGGCCAGGCUGCUUUUCUACCCGCUCUUUGCGGCUUGUCUCCACGGACCAAAAUGGCUGAGAACUGAAGCGCCCGUCGUGGUUUUAACAUUCAUGCUUGGACUCACAAAUGGGUAUUUAACGAGUGUCAUCAUGAUGCUAUCUCCGAAGCUGGUUCCAGUUACAGAAGCUGAACUAGCUGCAAUUGUAAUGGUUGUGUUUCUGGGAAUUGGCUUGGUGGGUGGCUCGGUUCUUGGCUGGUUUUGGAUUAUCUAAUAAUUACCAGUGUUGAGUGUUUUAUUUUUCUUUAUCCUUUUGAGAUUGUUAUUUUUAUUUUUGGAUAAUGAUGAAAGUGCUUACUUUCCGAAUCAGGAUAAACAUUGAAAUAUGCCAAAUUUGCUAUAAGAAAAAUUCUGAUUCGGAGUUGGAAAGAUGAUGCAAAUAAAAAGAAGUGAAGUCUCAUGGCAA